AUGCCUGCGAUGCACCCCAACCACAGAGAAGUCCUCGAGGAUAUGAUCCACACACGCCACUCCAAGCUGACGCUUGGACGCAUCGAGGAGGCUCUGCAUUACGGUCUCGGCGCCGAGGUGGUUCGCCGGGACAACACGAUCAUCGUUCGAUUCCGCGCGGGUAGGUGCCGUGUGCUCGCCGCGAACGACAACGUCGAAUCUUUUCACGCGCCUCACGACGGCAGAGGGAACGUUAGUGCCCACCACUCUCACCUAAUCGGGCGUUGGAUAGUGAAAAGCUUCAACUUCGAAGCCAAGCGUUUCAAGCACUGGGAGUGGGACCUGAUGUGCCAUCCCAUGUCCGUUCACACUGUCAUGGCACGGGGCAAGAGGGAAGGCGCCGCGCGACUUGAAUGCCUGACAAUGAACAAGAAUAACGCGCACAUCUUCAACGUGAUCUACGGCGUCGUCGAGCCGGAAGAUAUCAAGUUCAAGGACUUCGAGAAGGCGAUGAACAGCCUGGGCGCGCGCAAGAGCACCGGCGGAGGCUCUGUUCGAUCAUUUACGGCAGCCUGUUGGAAAGGCACCGUGCACGUACACCAGCCACACCCGUAUGACCACUACACGAAGAAGAACGCCGGGAGGCUCAAGGUUCAGUUGGAGUCCAGUGGAUUGACCCACCGGGUCAUUCGCCGUGAGGCCCGCAAGGCCGGCAUCUUCAUCCCGAAGCUGCCGUCCCAGUAG